GUGACAUAAUGGAAUGUAGGAGGAUAGAAAAGGUAGGGGCAGCAUGCGUACGCGCGCAUAGAAACUUCGACUGUUGGUCUGAAACGAGACUAUCGAUUGUUGGCGAUAAACAAUCGCUAUAUUUUUAGAUAGUAAAUGGGAAGGGGCGGUGCAAACGUUUGCAACAGCUAUUUGUAGAGUGCGGAUUGAAACCGAAAAACAUUUUGCCUCCAGUUAUGACAUUUACGCAUCGUUUCCUUUUUUGAGAGGUUAUGGACACUUCGAUACCAACACUGAAGACGGUGUUUUGAACAUUUUCCUCCAUUUAAAUAGUCUACCUUUGAGCAAUGAUGAAGAAGGAUAUUAAUUUAAACCUGGCAGAUGCCACGAAUUUGAAGCCUCAUCUACGCGACGCCGAGAGCAUUCUUAACUCUCCGGACCUUGGACUACUGAAACUAGCUUCCCCUGAGCUCGAGAGACUUAUCAUCCAGUCCAACGGAAUGGUCACGACAACACCGACUUCUCAGUUCCUAUAUCCUAAGUCGGUAAGCGACGAGCAGGAGUUUGCAGAGGGAUUCGUAAAAGCACUCGAAGACUUACAUAAACAGAAUCAGCUGAACGGAGUGACAUGCCCUCAAACUAACAGUCUGGAUAUGAGCACAAAUGUUGCCCCUGUCACCAUCCAUCCGGACCUUCCUGUAUAUACGAACCUCAACAGUUAUGGCAGUGGCCCUUUGGGUACCACUGUCAACUACUCCACGGAUACGGUUCCAUUCCCACCCCCUCCGACGCAUCAUCUCAGUGGGACUCAGCAACAAGAGCACUCUCGUCUGCAGCCCCUAAAGGAUGAGCCGCAAACUGUACCCGACGUCCAAAGCUUCGGCGACAGUCCACCACUGUCGCCAAUCAAUAUGGACACACAGGAGCUCAUCAAGGCCGAGAGGAAAAAGCUGCGGAAUAGAAUAGCUGCAUCCAAGUGCAGAAAAAGGAAACUGGAGAGAAUUUCAAGGCUCGAGGACAAAGUUAAGACACUAAAAACUCAAAAUACUGACCUGGCUUCCACGGCGAGUGUCUUAAGAGAACAGGUGGCCCAGCUAAAACAGAAGGUUUUAACCCAUGUAAACAGCGGGUGCCAGUUGUUGCCACAAGUCCAAGUGUACUAAUCGGAGCAUUAGACAAUAAUCGACCAGCAUAUAAGCUUAAUGAACAUUUCUUAUAUUAGCUCUUGAUAUGCAGUCAAACCUCUGUUACUGCAAAUCACUUUGCCGAUGUAAAUUAUUUUAUGUUUACAGACUUUCUAGUGUACAUUGACAGUACCCAGACUGGACCCAACCAGUUAAAAUUGUAAUACGAUGUAUGUAAUGUAUCAUAGCCUAAUACUGAACAUUCAUGUAUUUGCAUGCUGUUAUUGACAAACUCGAAUGUUACCUAAAAGGGUGUCAUUGGGCGCACAUCAUAAAUGUUUUACGCUGUUUACAAGUACUUAUAAAUACUGUAUAUUUUAUAUUCAAUGCUACACAGUGUCUUAUGUCAAGUGUUUUUUAUAUAGGUAUAUUGAUUAUAAGCUAUGUCACAUUUUGUUGCACCACAUUUCUUUUCACUUUUCGACAUUUUGACUUGAUCUGUCGUUAUUGUCGAAUAAACUUAUUUGCUCAGUAAUAUAAAGCACUA